AAAAUUUCUCUUAAUUAUUUUAAAGUAAUAACCAGUGAAUAAAUAAACUAAAAAUUUAAAUAAGAUAUGAUUAGAAGAGGAAUUCCUAAAUGCUUUGAGUGCUAAAAAUUGGCUACCAUUAAAUGCUAUGAAUGCUUAAAUGAAUUUGAAGAACCCAAAACAUUUUGCUUCGUUUGUGAUAAUUAAAUACAUAAAUAGAUUGAAAGAUAACACCAAAAGGAAAAGAUCUCAUUUAACUAAUAAUUAGAUUUAGGCAAUUAAUACAACACAGAAUAGUAAGGACAAAAUUACCAGUUUUAGUAAGAAAGAAGAUUGCCCUCUAGAAAUAUAGAUUAGAGGAGUGAAGUAAAUAAUUUUAGGUAAAUAAAUCCUUAGCAGAUAGAAGUGACUGAUAAUUCAAGAGAGAAUUUGUAGUUUUUUAGAGAUUUAAAGUAUACUUCAAAUCACUAAAGCGUAAAAAGUAAUAUUGCAGAUCGUUUCAAAAAUGUGGUUUCUGACCCUUUUUAUUCUAAUAAAAACUAAUAGAAUUAAAACUAAAUAAAUAAUUUUAAUUUGAGAUAAGAUUAUCAAUAGCAUAACGCGAAUAGAGGCCUUUCUAAUUAGCAUUCUAACAUCAAUAAUUACCACUAUUAGCACAAUAAUUCAUUAUAGAAUGAACAUAAUUUUGCUGAGAAUUUUGAAUAACGCUAUUAGCAUAAAUUAAAUGUCAAAAAAUAUUAAAGAAACUAAUUUUUAGAUAAUUAAUUGCUUUCAAAUGCAAGUAAUAAUAAUGAUAGUUUUGUUUCUAACGAAGAAGAUAGAUUAAGACCCAAUUCAAAUCCCCUUUAAUAAGGACUAAGUGAUGAAGAGGGAGAUACAAGAGGAUUAAUUAAAUAAAAUUAAGGAUUAACUUUUUAGCAAAAAAAUAAUUCAAUACCUAACUACCAUUAUACGAAAAAUAGUGAACAGUUCAAGUAAUAACUAGAACAGGAAAUAAACGACUUAAAAAAAUACUAAAAUAUGCACUACAGUAACAACAAUAGAGUAAAUAGUAUAUAAUCUAGUUAGGAGUAAGCUGUUUAAAGCAAUUUCACUAAUCAAGAACCUGCUUAACAAGAAUUUGAAUACAAAGAUAGAUCUGCAGAAGAGCAAUAUAAAUCAAUAAAGAAUGAUUUAAAAUAAUACUGUGGGUAAAAAGAUUUGGAUGAGAGAGAAAAUGAAGUCUUAAAGAGAAUAAACGAAAUAAAAAAAAGAAUUAAACCUGUUCAAGAACAAGAAAAUAUUUAAAGUGAAGAUUUUGAUAAAAAAAAUAAACUAAAUUAUAAUCACAGAGAAUCUCAUGAAAGUAAAGAGUAAGCAGUUAAGGAUUUGUAAUAAAAUAAUAUAGAAAAAAAUGGAAAAAACUAAACAUUCAACAGUGUAUAAAAUAGAGAAAAACUAACUUCAGUUGAAUAAGCAAAUUCUGCUAAAAAGUUAAAAAAUAACUUUGAAAAUUUGAUUGGAUAGGUCGGACCAAAUGAAGAAAAGAGUUAUAUUGAAGGUUUAAAAAAUAUUUAUUAAUAAGAAAUAAAAAACUUGGAAAUCAAACACAAAAUAAAGAUUUAGGAGCUAGAAAAUACUAUCAGCUAUAUGAGAUAACACAUGGAUUUAAUGGAAGACAGAAAUAAAGAAAAUAUAGCUUAAAUCCAAUAAGAUCUUAUGAAAUAGUAGAGAGCUGUAAUUGAACAAGAAAGAGACUCUAAAUUUGGAUUGAAUGAACUUAGAUUGCAGUACUAAGAAGAAAUAAAUCAUUUAUCAUUGGCACUAGAAACAGAAAAGGCAAAAAGCAUACAAUUAGAGAAAAAAAUGAGCGAAUACCAACAGCACUAUUAGAUGAAAUUAAGAGAAAUGUCAGAUCUUUCUAAAAAAUCAAAAUUAGAUGCAGAAUCGGAAAGAGUGAAGCUCUAAGAAUAUAUAGAUGAGAUGGAAGAAAAGAUAGAAGAUGUAAGAGUAAAAAUGGUUUAAGACAACGAAUUAGCCCUUUAAAAGAUAAAAAUUGAUUAUGAAAGCAGUAUAGAAGAUUUAAAAGAUUAAAUUAAGGAAAAGAGUGAAUAAAUAGCUAAAUUAGAACAGUAGCUUGUAACAGAUAGCUCACAAUAACACGAAAAAGAAAGGUUGUUAAAAAAAGAAAACUAGGAAUUGGAAAGGCAAAUCAAUCAACUAAAAAAUGAAUUGAACAAAGUCAAAGAAAAUACAGAAUAAUUUAAACACAUUGCAACCGAUUAAGAAAAGGAAUUAGAACUAGCGAGAAGAGAAAAUGAAUUGUUAGAAGAACAAAAGUAGAAACUUGAAGAAGAAAAAAUAAAAUUAGAAGAGUAAGUAGAAAAAUUCUAAAAAUAUAUUUAUGGUGAUAAAAAAGAAAAUAGUAUCUUAUAAAAACUAAAAGGUGCUUCUAGUAGACAGUCUUUGAGUAGAGCAAGUAGUGCUUCAAUUAAGUCGAGCACUUCGAAAAAUAAUAGAAAAUAAGAAAAUUAAUGA